AUGCGUUUAUUACCUACUCUUUCGCUUUUGUCGGUGGUGACAGCUAAGUAUAUUCGGGUUGGUACCGAUGGGAACAGGUUUCUCUCAAAGAAAGGUGACUAUUAUGGAACAGCUGACACUGCCGAAGAUUACUAUGAUAAUUUUUCCGGCGAAGAACCCCAUGUCUUGGACGGAGGAGUGGUUUGGACCCUCAACGAAGACGUGGUUGGAACUUCUGGUUCAGAGAAGCUCUUAGUUACUUUUGAAACUGUUGACGAGGGACUCUAUAUCGAUGCUGGCAAUUACGAAUUCUAUAUUUGUGGUGGCAAUACUUUGAAGGCGUUUUCUUUUGAUGACAGUGGAUCCAGUGGAUCCAGUGAGUCCAGUUUGCCCAGUGAGUCCAGUGAGACAGAAUCCAGUGAGACUGAGACCAGUGAUACAGAGACCAGUGAUACGGGAACUUCGGGUUCUGAUGAUUCCCUGGCAGAGGAGACUAGUAUUAUCAAGCCAACUGACGGCAGUUCAGAGGACGAAACUUCGACUCCAACAGAAUCCGAUGAGGUAGGAUCUUCAAAAGUCGCAGAAUCUUCCGAAGUGGUAGAAUCUUCAAGCCCUGGGGAAUCUUCAACGGAGUCUUCGACCCCACAGGAGUCUUCAAUCCCACAAGAAUCGUCGAUUGUGAUUGCACCUUCUACAAUCACUGAAAGCAUCGUGUCUCUGGCAACCGUAACUCCAGUCAAAAGAUUGCGUAAGCGUCUCAUAGAUCCUUCUUGUUUCCCUGUGCAAUUGUACCUUGUGGAAACUCCAUGCAGCGAGAGCGACUGCCCAACCUCAUGUGACGUUGAAUGCCACGACAUCUACUGUGUCACAACUCCAUGUCCCAAGGAGGUUUGUACUAGCAGAUGUCCAGGAUGUCUGUCAUCGUGUACAACUUCAUGUCCAUGUACCGCUACUGAUGGAAGCUGUGAUAAUUGCACCACCGAGUGUGAUGCCGUUUGUCUUGCAUUGGCCUGUCCCCCAAGUCACUGUACGACCAAAUGUCCAGGGAAGUGUGAUGUUAUCUGCGAGGAAUGUUCUGGUGAUGGCUGCGAAUCUAGUUGCACGACUUCGUGCGUUCUGGAACCACCAUGCACUGAUACUGAGCCUGGUGGAAAGUGUUGUAGUGGCGAUCAUUGUGAAACCAAAUGCACCACUUGUGAAACCGAAUGCACCACUUGUGGACCCAAGUGCACCACAUGUGGUACUGUCACUGUCAUCCCCGGUUGUCCAACCUGUGUUCACACCGUGACUGACUGGGUGAUUGUGUGUCCUACAGUCACUACAAUCACAAUCUCCACCUGUCCUAAGGUGGACCAGUGCUCUCCUCACACCGUCACAUUGAACCCAGGAACUCACACUAUUACCGGAACAGCCGUUGUGCCUGGCCAUACUGAUAUCACCGUGACAAAGUCAACGAUUGCUGGAGUAAGCACUCGGGUCACUAAAGAUCAGGCCACCACCAAAGUGUUUACUCAGAGCACUAAGGUCACUACUAAGAGCACUUCCAAGACAACAGCUGCACCAGGUGUCUCUACAGAUUAUUCUGGUGGCAGCAAGAAGAACUUGGUUGGGUCUCUUCUUGGAGUGAUAGGCUUUGCAGCAGUUAUAUGGUGA